UAUUUCUUUUCAACCCCUUAAUUAAUUCCACUUCCUAUAAAUACCCUUCUCUCCAUCUUCUUCAAAAUCCCCUUCUUGUCCCUUUCCAUCACAAAUCCUCCAUCAAACCUCCAAAGUAAAUUUACCAAAAAGCCCCUCAUUCUUUUUUUCUCAACAAAGUUUGUCCCUCUUCCAUUUCCAUGGCUUCUUGCACCAUUUCUUCCCCCUUUGACUCUCUCAUCUUUGAUUUGGACGAUACUUUGUAUUCUUCCAAGUCUGGAAUUGGGCAAGCUCUUAAGCAAAACGUUCAAGAUUUUCUUGUUGAGAAAUGUGGGUUUGCAGAAUCAGAAGCGCCAAAUGUAAACAGAGAGCUUUUUAGAACUUAUGGAAGCUCCUUAGCUGGCCUUCGGGCUUUAGGGUAUAACAUUAAUCCCGAUGAUUACCACAGUUUCGUGCACGGAAGAUUGCCCUAUGAUUUGAUCCGGCCAGACCCACGGCUGCGCCGCCUCUUACAGUCGAUCAACCAACGGAAAAUCAUUUUCACGAAUUCGGACAGAAUUCACGCGGAUAAAGCACUGGAUCGAUUGGGAAUCAGAGAUUGCUUCGAGAAAAUCAUAUGUUUCGAGACGAUGAACCCUAAUUUGUGGAAAUCGAACCGCCCCGACGAGUUUCCGGUGGUUUUGAAGCCGUCGAUCGAAGCUAUGAAGAUCGGUGUUGACGUGGCAGAGGUUGACCCCCGCCGUACGCUGUUUUUUGACGACAAUGUGAAGAACGUUGCAGCUGGGAAAAUCUUUGGCCUCCGAACAGUUCUGGUUGGUAGCGCAAUUAAGAGCAAAGAAGCGGAUUAUGCAUUGGAGAUAUUAACAAACAUGGCACAAGUGAUUCCAGAAAUAUGGGUAAUUAAUGAAGAGAUUAACGCUAAUGACAGUGAUAAGAAGAGGAUUAGCCACGCCUUAACUGAAAUUGAUUCACUUAUUUCAGCCACUUCUGUUGGUGCUUGAAACUCUUGUUGUACAUUAUGCAUCAACCUCUUGUACAUUCAUCUCAAUGUAAAUUAUUUGUGUUGUACGCUCGUUUGCACAAAAAUAAAAAAGAAGCAUUAAUAUGCCACUAAAUAAAAAAAAUAUGUAAUUACUUUCUGGAAUAUAUGAGUUUAAGCUCGAGCUCGACUUUAAAAAAA